AUGUCUUCGAAACGGCAAUUACCAAAUGUUGUCGACACAUCAUCUCAACGGCCAACUGAAAAAAUUCGACAUUUAAAUACAGCACUCAUUAAUACAGAAAAUAAUCUUCGUUCUGCUCAACAAAACUUUGACUUAUUAAAACAAAUUCAGUCGCCAUCAUCGUUAUUAGAUACAAAUUAUUAUAAUGAAACAGUUCAUAAUGAUUCAUCUCGUCGUAAUCGUAAAGAUGUUCGAUUUAAUGAUGAUAUUGGUAAAUCGUUAAAUUUUCUAAAUGAUGAUUUACAUGCACUCUCAACAGAACAUGGAAAAUUACGACAUGAAUUAAAAUCAAGAGACCAUGAGCGAGAUGAUAGUGAUGCAUUAAAUGAUACGCAAUCAUCGAGUUUUCGUCAAGAUAUGAUAGACGAGGUUGUACAAUCUCGUCUUGAUCGACGUUUACUCGAAAUUCAAAAAGAUUUGAAACGUGAAAAAGAGCAACAACAGUCUCAGGCAACAGUUGAUGUACGAGCUCUCGUUCAAGAACUACAACGAAAACCAAAUCUGACUACAAUUUCCUCUUCUACACUUCAAAAUGAAGAUGAUAAAUUAUUACAGGCAAAAUUGCUAUUAGCCGACUCGAAUAAACAAAUGAUUGAAUCACAACUUUUCAAUACCAAACGACAAUUAGAAGAUGCUGAAACUGGAAAAAAUUCUUUAGCUUAUCAAGUUACUCAGUUGAGAGAACAAUUAAUGCGAAGUGAAUAUGAACGAGAAUCAAUAAUCAAACAAAGACGAGAUGAAUACGAUUCAACCGAUGAUGCGCCAAUUCGUCGACGAAGAGAGAGUGAUCGUUUAAAUCUUGAACGUGAAUAUUUACAAAUGCAAAGUCAUUUGAUGAAGUCAAACGCAUUAAAUGAAAUCGUAAAUGUCAAGAAAGAUUUAGAUAAAAGUGAGAGACAACGAGAACAAUUAUCAGAUCAUUUAGAGAUUUUGAUGAAAAAAUGUGAUGAAAAAGAAAAAAUAGCAGCAAAAACCUACGUAGAGUUAAAAGAAUUAAGUGAAAAUUGUGAUACAUACGAACGACAAAAUGUUAAAUUACAACAAGAUUUGUCAAUGGCAUUGGAAAAAUUAGAAGAAAUAACACAAGAAGCAGAAAAAUAUGCCGAAGAAUUACAAUUGAAUCAAAAACAUAUUGCAGAUUUAGAACAAAAACGUGAAGAAUUUAAAAUACAAGCUCAGGAAACGAUUAAACAAUGGAAAGCUCGUGUAAAAAAAUUAGAAAAAGAUGUGGACCGUCAUAAAUUUGGUUCAACUCAAAUGCUUGAACGUAAUGAACAAUUAGUUAAAGAUAUGGAAACACUAAAAACACAAAAUUCAACGUUAAAAGAACAAAUAACAAAAAUGGAGACAGAACUGAACGAUUCACAGACAACAAGAAAUCGUUUAGAAGAUCAUUUUAAACGGGGCGAAGAUGAUUUGUUACAAAUUCGAACAAUUCGUACGUCACAAGAAGCAGAAAUUUCUAAAUUGAAAGGAACAAUUAAUGAGCUGGAAAGUCAAUUAUCAAUGAAUCGUCAACAAUUUGAACAUAGUGAACGUGAAAAACAUAUGAUUCAACAAAUGUUACAAGAUGAAAUUCGACAAAAAAAUCAAUUAGAUUCAAAAACAAAGCUAACAGAGAGAGAUAUUGAAACACUCAACGUUUCUCGUAAUCAAUUACAAACUCAUAUAAUUGAAAUUGAAAAUGAAAGAAUGGAAUUAAUACAAAAAUUGAAAGAAGUAGAAUUAGAACGCGAUUCUUAUUCAGUGCAACUGCAUGCAAGCAAUAAAUCAUUCAAUGAUGAAAAAAAUAAUUUACAAUCGAAGUUUAUUACAUUAGAAAAUGAUUAUGAAGAAAUAAGGCGUAAAUUCGAUUUUACAAAAACUGAAUAUACUCGUGGCAUGAAAACGUUACAAAUUGAUUAUGAAAAUAAAAUUGAAACACUCAAGCUUCAAUUAGCUGAUGAAAAAGCGCGUUCUCAAAUAUUACAACGUCAUGAAACAGAAUAUAAAAAAGAAGUUGAACGUUUACAAGAAAAAUCAUCCCAUUUUGAAGAUAAUUUUAAUCAAAUAAAAUAUAAAUAUGAAACGACUACAAGAGAUUUUGCAGAAAAAGAACGUAUAUUGGAAGAUAAUGAAUCAAAAUUGAAUAAACUACAAGUUGACUUAACGAAUCAAAAAAAUCAAUUUUUGAAAAAAGAAAAAGACUAUCAGAAUGCACUUCAUACGGUAUAUAACGAUUUAACCUAUUGUACAGAAUCUUUGUCAAGUGAUUCAGAUGAACCGUAUAUUGUUCUUGAUACACCAUUAGCGAAUGAUAUUGAAACAUGGUUAAGUAAAGUCAAGGCAAAAUUAGCUUGGCUAAAACAAGAACUUGAUGCAAGACGUCAACGAGAAUCAAAAUUACGUCAAGAUUUGAAUAAUGCACUGUUAGAUAGUGAUGCUGAUAGAAAAUAUUUUGCUACUGAACUAGCAAAAAAAGAAGUGUUAGUAGAUGAAAUGGCUAGAGAAAAAUUAAAUUUAUUUGAUAUGGAACGAGAAACAUCUGAUAAGAUGAAAUUCUUACAAACUCAACUAGUUGAUUUAUCUCAUCGUGUCGAAGGACAUUCUGUUAAAGAAAUUGAACGUGCUAGACAAUUACAAACUGUUGAAAUGCAACUGGAAUAUGAAAAACGACGAGCGUUAACCGAAGAUGAAAAAGAUCGUAUUAAUGAUCGUUAUCGACAGCAAUUGUUAAAAUUUCAAACGAUGAUCGAUUCAAUUAAACGUGAUUUACAAAGUGCGAAAGUACAAUUAUUUACCAAAAGUCCAUAA